UGGUCAAUGUAGUCCUCGAAACUAUGUUCUAAAUGUCCACAUUUUCAUAUAUAAAUAUAGAAUUGUAGGCAAUGCACUUAACAAAUAAUAAUAAAAAAUUGGACCCCCCCAAUGUCUAAACCAUGGUUACGCCCUUGCUGAUAAUGCAUUCUCAAUGGAGAGGCGAGCGGGCAGAGAGGAGGCUCAGCGUCCUGUCAAGCAGCACGACAAGUGGGCGCACUCCCGUGAAACUGUCACUUCCGUACUUGUCGAACGCAUGCAUGCGCAAACCAGGAAACCGUUGGUAUAGAUGAGAAUCACAAUAAAAUGUGACACUGCAUUUAAAGAGCACAUUGUCAUUUCUGCAUCUAUUAUAAAAAUUGUUAUUACUAAUACAGUGAAAAUAUUGAUUAACGGUGUGUGCCCCUAAAAUUUCUGGUUGCGCCCCUAAAAUUUCCCCCUGGUUAUGUCUUAUUUAUUUUCAAUUUAUUUCCGUUUGUUGAGUGUGUGAAUCCCCCCUCCUAAUUGUACACUUGUGCGAUUUAGUUUGAAACCACCUCGCGACUUUCUGCGUUGUCAUGGUUACCCCACACUCUUUCUUCAGUGAGAGCCAAGAAAGUAAAGUUGAGUAAUGGAGGAUUUGAGGUUACCUAAAAAGCAGAAGAAACUGGACCAACAGGCAAGCAUACGCAGUUUUUUUCAAACAGUAAGUAACUUGACAGGCAUGUUGAAAGCAGUGGCCAGACAGGGACAUGCUCUGGACAGGCAGCUGAAAGGGUGUUGGACUAUUAUGAUCCCUCUUGGAGGGGCCAAAGGCAGCUUCCUAGUUUGCCUUGGGAUCAGCACUUUGAUCUGUUCCCUAAUCUACUUGAGGGCCUGGACACAGACAGAGUUGCAGCCCCAGGUCGGGGCUAACGGUUGCAGAUCCUUCUCUGAUAGAUGUGAAGCCUUCCUGCCCAGAGUUGAGGAGGGACUCAUAUGGCGUAACCGUGACUGCCAGGUGGACAGUUACAUUCAUAAUAACCAUCUUACUUGUUCGCAAUUGAUUGCUGAUCUACACUUCAUCACAAAACCAUUGAGCCAGGAAGAGCUAGACUACCCAUUAGCCUUUAUUCUGACUGUCCACAAGGAACUACAGUUGCUUCUCCGUUUGUUGCGAGCCAUCUAUGCCCCACAAAAUGUCUACUGCAUUCACAUAGAUGCCAAGGCCCCACAAGACUAUCAACAGAUGGUUCGAAGGCUGGUUGCCUGCCUCCCAAACGUUUUCCUCUCCAGCCAAAGUGAGACGGUGACUUACGCAGGGUUCUCCCGGUUACAAGCGGACAUACACUGCAUGAGGGACCUAGAGCAUUCCAAGGUGGGUUGGAAAAAGCUCAUCAAUCUGUGCGGACAGGACUUCCCGGUGCAGAGCAACCUUGAGCUGGUGCGCUACAUGCAGAGCAAAAUGUGGAAGGACCGGAACAUGACCCCUGGGAUCAAGCAGCCUGCGAGCAUGAGGCACCGGACACAACUCCAGCACAAGGAAAUCACAGGGUCCCAUGUGGGCCUCAAAGGGUUGGGCAAGAAGAAGGGUCAUCCCCCCCAAAAUAUGCAACUAUACUUUGGCACAGCCUACUAUGCUCUCACAAGAGGGUUUGUGAACUUUGUCUUGAAAAGCAGAGUGGCCCAAGACCUGUUGGAAUGGUCCAAAGACACCUACAGUCCAGAUGAGCAUUACUGGGUAACAUUGAACCAUCUAAAAGAAGCUCCUGGCAACCACGUUGAUGGAGGAUGGGAAGGCGAUAUACGAGCAAUCAAGUGGCAAGACCAAGAGGGAACAGUACAUAGUGGUUGCAAAGGACGUUAUGUUAGAAACAUCUGCAUUUAUGGAAUAGAAGAUCUUCCAUGGAUCAUCAAAAGGAACAGCAUGUUUGCCAACAAGUUUGAGAGCAGUACAUUUCCCGAGUCCCUGGACUGUCUGGAGCAGUGGCACAGAAGAAAGGUGCUGAGGCAGGCAAGAGUACCCAUAGAUCCGGAAUGGCUAUUGGCCUUACCGUAUCCAAUACCCACUUCAAAGACCAACAGCAGUGGUGGACAGUGAAAUAGAUUGAAUCGAAGUUUCAGCGAACAUGAAGAUGUACGUGGAUUAAUAGUUUAACAACGGAAAUAUAAAUGUAUGCAUUUCACAAAUGAAGAUGGUUCAUAAUGGCACUCUGAAAGGUUGGUUUCAUUUAGUUGUUUUAGCAAAAAACGCUCGACCGCCUAAGCACCACAUUUUCUACUAACCAAGUAGAGUGUGCUUUAGGCUUUUCGGAGGUGCAGGAACUUUGCAUGAGUUGCCUGCAACCAUGAAUAAAAACAAAUAUUUGCAGGGUCAACCUAAGCCCUAUCGUGAAAGAAAAUGGGAUAGAAAAGAGCUAGAAUAUGUGUUGAAAAUGCUUAGUAAAUAAACUUGUAUUUGAGAUUAUCUUUUACCAUUUCAAAAGGUUGAGGACAAUUAUUCAUUAAGAAAUCUGUCCCCUUUUAACAUCCACCAGGGUGUUGAAGCUGGGUAGACACUCCCACUUGUGAUGUCAACUCAUAGGAUUUGUAAAUGUCUUGUACAGGCUUAUGGCAACUGAAAACAUAUUAGAAGAGAUUUGACUACUAAGAAGUGGGCCCUGACAAUGCCGAGUCAAAGCUAUUCUUACAUUCCAUAGAGGAUUAGUUUUGCCACACCAAGCCCAAACACUGCCAAUAGAUACUGUCGAUCAAAUUAAAUGUCAAAUUGUUUUGUGUUUUCAUUUGUACAGUUUUUAUUAAAAACAAUAUUUUAAUUAAAUAUUUUCAGGUGUUGUUUUAACUUGUACAUUUUCAAACAUUUCACAACCGUCAACGUCCAGUCAAUUUGGUUGUCAUUGUCCCUAAUGCAUGGGAAUUCAGCUAUUUAUUACAGUUUCAAGUAUAGAUUUACUAUAUACCAUCAAUGCUAGCAUCAACCAAACAUUUUAUUUUGCAUUAAUUGUUAAAAAUAGCAAUCAUUAAUUAAAAUUCAUCUUCCUUAUUCAUCAAUCAUAUUAAUUAUAUGCAAAUUUCAAUAUAUAAAAUGGCGCCCUGAUAAAGAUAUAAAUUACAAUCCAACCUUAGUAGGCUGUUGACAAAUCCAACGAAUUAUUUCUAGUUACAGGCUGAGCUCAGGUUGUAGACCUUUUUGAAGAGAGCCUAGAUAAGGUGUGUAAGGUCACGUUUGUUUUGUUCUGCUCAUGUUUUUUCUUCUGAUAGUCUAGAGAUAGUUUAGAAGUGUUUUUUGGUUUAAGCCUAGGCUGAGGGUUUGUUUAAAAGGUCAGGGGGUCUUAUUGGUUAUUAUUUUGGCCUUGGGUACCCCAAAGCAAUCCUUAAUUAAUGUAUUUGUUCCUGUAUUCUAUACAGCCUAUGUAUAAUAAACCCUUUGCUUUUUGAACGGUGCCUGGUUGAAAAGUGUCAUUUCAAUCCAUUUCUUCUUUGUUACCUUACUACCAUGUCCAUUUAGGGUCGUAACAUAUUCGGGGCUCGUCCAGGAAUAAUUUGACUAUGAGUUUCGUCUUAGUUAAGUCCCAAUCCUAAAGGGGUAGUGUGUGCCUUGGAUUGCACCGUGUAAUUUGUGUUUUUUUGCGAGUCCAACUUUAGAAUUGUUGGAUGGCUAGAUUUGUAUCUAAUCGCAGCCGAUUACAACAUUCCUAAAUCUUCUCUUAGGAGUGAUCUGAGUCAGUGUGAUGGAUGUUUUGGUGGCUCAGGGUUUGCUUGCAAUUCCUGAGCAGGUGGAAGCUGUUUAGGAGAGUAAGGUGUAGCCCUGGCUCUGAGCAAUUCUGGGAUUCCUGCGGCGGAAGAUGGGUCCUUGAUUCAAGUUGAGCAAGCUAAUUUGAUGUCACCAAUGUCUGUUUUUCCACCGAAUCCCUUCGACGGAGUUCUAGAAUUGAUGCCAUGCAUAAGGUGUGAUCAGCCCAUGCCCCACUUGAGUCCUACAUGACCUUUGUGUAGGCCAUCCUCCUACCUGUCCUGUGCGUACAUGUGGACCAUCCAGGAUGGAAUUCUCCAUUGGAGAGUUUAAAUUGGUUCAUUCUCAAUCCGAAAGGCUUUAAAGUUGGUUUGAUCUCUAUCCCUUCGACUAUCCUAUAUAGUUUUAAAGAUCCCAUGGAAUUAUAAUUUCUAACAUUAAUAUGAGUUCCCCUAGCCUACCUAUGCUCCCCCAGUAGCUAGAAAUUUUGUUGGGUGUAAACCGAGCACUAGGUAUUCUGCUCCGCCUUUGAAAAAACGAAGCUCAGACGCGCCGUUUUGGCUCCCCUAUCUCUGCCUUGCCAGCCCAGAGAGUUUGGCCCGACA